AUCUUUAGCAGCAACGCGAACGCGACUAUUUUAGCUUGUAAUCAUUCAAAAAUAUAUAUUUAAAAAAAAAAUUAAGAUGUCCGACUACGAAGAAGAAGGGUACCAAGGCAACGGUGAGGAUUUCGGGAUCGACAAGUACGCUGCAGGUGGUGGUACUGGUGGUUCCUCUCCCCAGCCUCGCACUAGCAGCCACAGCCAUGGCGGUACCGACGAUCUCAGUGUUUCCAAAUCUAAGUAUGGAUAUCAUGACCAUGCAAGAGAGUCUUCAAAAAGUAGGGAAAAAGAAAGAGAAAGGAGGCUUGAUAGGGAGAGGGAUCGAAAUCUUGAAAGGGAUGAGGAUAGGAAUCAUGAGAGGGACAAGGAUAAGAAGAGAAGCAGGGACAGGGAAAGGGAAAGAGAAAGAAACAAGGAUAGUGAAAGUCACUAUGGGCGUCGUGAUCGCCACAGAGAUCGUGGUGAGAAGAGGGAACAGGGCAGAGAUAGGGUUAACAAUGAUCGUUAUCGAAGCCGAAACUAUGUCAGUGACAGACACAUAGAUUAUGAUAGAGACAGGGAAGACAGACACAGGAAUCGAUCACAAUCUCCUUCAAGGGGUAGAUCUGAGAACAGAUCAAAAUCACACUCCCGCUCACGUUCUAGGAGUAAAAGGGUUAGUGGCUUUGAUAUGGCUCCUUCCCCAUCUGCAAUGUUGAUCAGCCCAGCUGCUGCUGCUGCUGCUACUGCAGGUCAGAAUCCUGGGACACAUCCUGCCAUUCCUGGAAUAUUUCCCAAUAUGUUUCCUAUGGGAGCCAGUCAACAGUUUGGCUCUCUCCCUAUUAUGCCAAUUCAGGCAAUGACACAGCAGGCUACUAGGCAUGCUCGGCGGGUCUAUGUUGGAGGCCUCCUCCCUACAGCGAAUGAACAGGUUUUGCCCUCAUUUUUCUGUUGGACAAUGGAUAUAUCUAGUUGGCAUACUGACACUAUUUUUUUUCUGCAGUCUGUAGCAACCUUUUUUAGCCAGGUUAUGGCUGCAAUUGGAGGAAACUCUGCUGGCCCAGGGGAUGCCGUUGUAAAUGUCUAUAUAAACCAUGAAAAGAAGUUUGCAUUUGUGGAGAUGAGAUCUGUUGAGGAGGCUAGUAAUGCAAUGGCUUUAGAUGGGAUCAUUUUUGAGGGAGCUCCUGUCAAGGUGAGAAGACCUAGUGAUUAUAACCCAUCCCUUGCUGCAACACUUGGUCCAAGCCAGCCUAAUCCCAAUCUUAACCUGGCUGCAGUUGGCUUAAGUCCAAACUCUGCUGGUGGGCUUGAGGGUCCGGACCGCAUCUUUGUGGGUGGACUUCCCUAUUAUUUUACUGAAGCUCAAGUCAGAGAGUUGUUGGAGUCCUUUGGUCCCCUUCAAGGUUUUGAUCUAGUAAAAGAUAGAGAAACUGGGAAUUCGAAGGGCUAUGCAUUCUGUGUGUACCAAGACAUUGCAGUUACAGACAUAGCUUGUGCUGCUCUGAAUGGAAUCAAAAUGGGUGAUAAAACUCUCACUGUUAGACGAGCCAACCAGGGAACUAACCAACCUAAGCCUGAGCAAGAGAAUGUUCUGUUACAUGCCCAGCAGCAAAUUGCAUUGCAGAGACUUAUGUUACAGCCUGUCCCUACUAAAGUUGUAUGCCUGACUCAAGUAGUUAGCGUGGAUGAGCUCAAAGAUGAUGAGGAGUAUGAAGAGAUUUUGGAAGACAUGAGAAUGGAAGGCGGGAAAUUUGGUACAUUGGUGAACGUUGUUAUCCCUCGCCCAAAGCCAGAUGGUGAAGCUUCACCAGGAGUUGGGAAGGUGUUCUUGGAGUAUGCUGAUGUUGAAGGUGCUACGAAAGCCCGAGCAGGGAUGAAUGGAAGGAAGUUUGGUGGAAAUCAAGUUGUAGCUGUGUUUUUCCUGGAGAACAAGUUUUAUCAGUGUGAAUAUGAUGCCUAAUCAUUGUCUACUUUCUUAUGUUGAUUUGUUAAUGGAGUUUCAUAAGGAUUAGUAUUUAUUCUAGCUAGCACAACAAAUGAACAUGUUAUUCUGGGAAGUUAUGUUGUACUUGGGCUAGUGGUAAUUGCCCAUUCUCUUUCUUUCUUCAUUUUUCUCCAGUAUCUCUAGCCCAUCAUUCUCUAAACAUUCGUAAUUGAACUUCUUUCACAUCAGUAAUGUAUUUGUUUUGUUGUCCCAA